AUGUAUGCAGAUUAUGCAAGACCCUCUAGCUCCCGUAAUCAUCCAGGGUACUAUACAGGUUCUCCAAAUGAUCAGCUAAAUGCAUAUCCUUCUAACCGCUCAUCGUCUGUAUAUUCUUCUAUUACGAGCCCGGAUCAUCAGCAUUCUACCACCACAAAUCCUGAUAAUCAGCCAAAUACAAUCCCUUCAUCUCUAUAUCCCAUCAACAGCCCUCAUCCGCAACUUCCUGGAGUUGAAUCUUCGGUACCAGUAGCGCUUGAUGAAAGUUCUAACAGUGAACGUAUAAGCAGCCAAGAUAUAGAGAACGUUUUUAAAUCCCUAAAUGAAAAA